AUGAGCCGCCUUCCCGGCCCUGCCCACCGGCCGCCGACCCCCGCCGCCGCCGCCGCCGCCGCCGCCGCCACGGCCCCCGGAAAGCCGCUGACCCCCUUCGGCAUCGCCGACAUCCUGGGCCGGACCCCCGCCCCCCGGACGGGCCCCCGGACGGGCCCCCGGACGGGCCCCCGGACGGGCCCCGCCUCGCCCCUCUGCGCCCUGGAGGAGCUGGCCACCAAGACCUUCCGAGGGAUCGAGGGCGGCGCGCUGCACGACGGCCCAGGCCGGGCCCCGCCGAACGGGCCGGGCGCCCGCCCGGCGUCGAAGAAGAGGAGGAAGACGCGCACGGCGUUCACGGCGCAGCAGGUGGUGGAGCUGGAGCGCCGCUUCGUCUUCCAGAAGUACCUGGCGCCGGCGGAGCGGGACCGGCUGGCCGCCCGGCUGGGCCUGGCCCACGCCCAGGUCAUCACCUGGUUCCAGAACCGGCGGGCCAAGCUCAAACGCGACCUGGACGAGGCCAGGGCCGACGUGGCCUCCCUGGGCCGCCUCGCCCUGGCCGGCGGGGGGGCCGGGCCCCAGGGGACCCCCGGCCCCGACCUCUCGGACGAGGAGAUCCGGGUGGACGACUGAAGCCCCCCACGGCCCCCUUCGCCUCCUCCCCACGACCCCGGCGG